CAAACUAGAAAGAAAAUAUAAGAAAAUCCAUUGAAUCGACUCGAUUUUAAAUAUUUUCUUUUCCAUUCUCUUUCUAAACAUAACCCAAGUUCGUUUCUCUUGAUUGGGUACUAAAUCUUGUUCCUUUGUAUUUCCAAAGAACUCCUUUUUGUUUUCUUUCUUCAAUGGCUGAAAAAGAGGAGACCGCAGCAGCAGGGGAAGAAACAGAGUUAAAGAAAGAACUGCAAAGGGUGGUGAAGAUGAUUCUUGAAGAAGGUGAAUACGGGAUUGAGAUAACAAUCGAAGCUAUAAGAAUUUUGUCUUGUUUAGCAGAAUUGAAGCUGAAAAAACCUGUUGGUCUUGGAAUAGAUGAUACGGUUUUACCUGAGAAAUUCAAGUGUCCUCUUUCAGGUGAAAUCAUGGGUGAUCCUGUUGUCUUGGCUUCAGGCCAGACUUAUGAUAGGCCACACAUUCAGAAGUGGUUGAAUGAAGGUAACCUAACAUGCCCUCAGACCAAACAAGUGCUCUCCCACUCUAUCUUGACCCCUAACUGCUUGGUGCGGGAAUUAAUUUCACAAUGGUGCAAAGAACGUGGCAUUGCACUACCAAAAUCCUAUCAGGAUAUUGAUGGAGAAACGAUUCCUGAGUUAGACCGGAUUUACUUAAACUCGUUGCUUGAAAAGAUGUCUUCUUCGCUUUCUGAUCAGAAGGAAGCUGCUAAAGAGCUUCGGAGGCUAACAAAGAUAACACCAUCAUAUCGGGCAGUUUUUUGUGAGUUUACUGAUGCCAUCUCUAGAUUGCUCAGUCCUCUAUCAGAAAGCAUGGUUGAGUCAGAUCCUGAUCUCCAGGAGAAUUUGAUAACAACAAUUUUAAACCUUUCAAUUCAUGGCAACAAUAAGAAACUAAUAGCUGAAGAUCCUGUUGUCAUCCCCCUGCUUAUUGAAUCUAUGAAGUUUGGAGCCAUUGAAACGAGAAGAAAUGCUGCUGCUGCUAUCUUUUCGUUAUCAACACGCCAUUCAAACAAGUUCAUCAUUGGAAAUUCAGGUGCUCCUGUGCCUUUACUCCAACUCUUAUGUGAAGGGCAUCCAUUGGCAAUGAAGGAUGCUGCUUCAGCAAUAUUCAACCUAUGCAUUGUAUCUGAGAACAAAGCAAAGUUUACUGAAAUAGGGGCAGUGAAAGUGAUCCUGCAAAAGAUCAAAGAUGGUGUAAUUGUUGAUGAGUUGCUGGGCAUUCUUGCACUGCUAUCUACACAUCACAAUGCUAUUGAUGAACUUGGGGAACCUGAUACUCUGCGCUGUCUGCUUCAGAUCAUAAAAGAUAGCGGUUCUGAACGUACCAAGGAGAAUUGUGUCGCGAUCCUGUACAAUGUGUGUUCAAAAGAUCUGACUUUGCUGAUGGUGAUAAGUGCAGAAGAAAUUCAAAAGCAUACUCUAGCUGAACUUGCAGAUACAGGGACUACAAGGGCCAGAAGGAAGGCCAGUGGCAUCAUUGCGAAAAUACAUAAAGCUUUUCCAACAGUACAUACAGCAUGAGGAAAUAAACCCAAAGGGAAAUCACUUUUUGUAAAUGCUCUUUUUUCUUCUGACAUUAUACACACAAAUCCAAGCUCAGUUACCUGUGUAAAGGGUAGGCAUGUCUACAUAAAUUUUCAUAUACUCAGCAUCAAGCAUUUGUUGGUCCAAAUGAGGCUGAUAGAAAAGCAAAGCACAUUGAAAAUUUUAUCACCAGUGGAAGUUGUACAUUUUGGCAUAUCUGUUUCUUUAUGAAUUACUUUCCCCUUUCCAUUU